GGGGUUAAUAAACUGCUGAUGAGACUGAUAAUGGGGCUCUGAAGGAAGAGGAGCAGCUCCAGUCCUCAGUGUCCAAUCUGUUCUCUGUCUGUCCUCAGUUUCCUCUGUGUCCUAUCUGUAACUCAGUGUCCUCUAAGCUGUGUGGACUUCUGAUUUCCAACAUGAAGCUGCCUGCUCUGCUGCCUGUGUUCUUACUGCUCUGCUCUGAGAGCAGAGGUUCUGAGGCGUCUCAUCCCAAACCGGCCUGUCGUUAUCCUCCAUCUCAGUGGUGUCGAUCACUAGAGAUUGCAAUCGAGUGUAAGGUUCAGAAGCAGUGUAUGGAGUUGAAUGCCACCAGACCAAACCGGGCUGUACCUCCAGUAUCUGUCUCUCUGUACUAUGAGAGCUUGUGUCCGGCCUGCAGAAUCUUCAUCACCCAGCAGCUGUUCCCCACCUGGACGAUGCUGCAGGACAUCAUGGCCGUCACUCUGGUGCCCUACGGGAACGCUAAGGAGGUUUCGUCAGGAAAUUCCCCCUUCACCUGUCAGCAUGGCGAGCCCGAAUGCAGAGGAAACCUAAUUGAGGCCUGUAUCAUCCACUUAACAAGACACUCAGCACUUCAGAUCAUCAGCUGCAUGGAGUCAGCUGCAAAUGUUCUCAAUGCUGCACAGCCUUGCCUGCAGCUCUACGCUCCCUCUGUCUCCUGGUCGAGUGUCGACUCCUGUGUGAAAACUGGACUGGGAUACCGGCUGAUGCACGCCAACGCCGUCAUGACCAGAGCGCUGAGCCCACCUCACACUCACGUCCCCUGGGUCACCUUUAACGGGGAAUACACGGAGGAGAACGAGGACAGGGCCAUGUCGUCCCUUUUCCAAUUGGUUUGUCAACUUUACAAGGGGGUGAAGCCUCCAGUCUGCACUGGAGCCCAGGUCAGACUGAACAGAAGCUUCUGCUAAACCCAACAAAACCAACUAUAAUAUUGCUGCCUGCAUAAAAACAUAUCAUAACAUGCAUAAUGUACUUAAAGCAGUAAACUCAUAAAGGAAUGUUUAGUUUUUGUUAAAGAAUGUUUUAGUUGAUGUAGAUCUGGGAUCAUACAGUGGGAUUUUGUGUCUCUUGUACUUUCAUGGGAACAGAUUUGAAAGUGUAAUAAAUCUGACUUGUCUUUCA